AUGUCCGAGCUUCACGUCCAGAACGAGCGAGCUUUCCAGAAGCAACCUCACAUCUUCCAGAACGCCAAGUCCAAGGUCAACCGAAAGACCAAGCGAUGGUAUAAGGAGGUCGGUCUCGGAUUCAAGACCCCCUCUGCCGCCAUCACCGGUGACUACAUUGACAAGAAGUGCCCCUUUGUUGGUGACAUUUCUAUCCGAGGCAAGAUCCUGACUGGUAAGGUUGUCUCCACCAAAAUGCACAGAACCAUCAUCAUCCGACGAGAGUACCUCCACUACAUCCCCAAGUACAACCGAUACGAGAAGCGACACAAGAACCUCGCUGCCCACGUCUCUCCCGCUUUCCGAGUCGAGAACGGCGAUAUGGUUACCGUUGGUCAGUGCCGACCUCUCUCCAAGACCGUUCGAUUCAACGUUCUCCGAGUUCUGCCUGCCACCGGUAAGGCUAACAAGGCCUUCUCCAAGUUCUAA